CCCAUGCAUCCACAUCUCUGACGACAGACAAAACGCUGCUGCAAUUUUCCCCACGACCAGUUCCAAACGUUUCACCCAGCAGCCCGUUGCCGACUUCAACCACCAUCUACUUGCUUGGCCAUGUAAAAAACAAAAUCCACACUUCAAUUCCAUUCGUUCAUCGUCGCCUCGAUCAGAGCUUUGCCUGUGUAGGCAGCCAUGGGACCAUCUCGCGGACGCUGUCUCUUCGUCCUGCUGCUCGUCUCUGCAUCCCUCUGCGCCCAUGUAUCAGCUGCGGCGGCCGACACGACCGUGUUGGCGGCGGAGCGGACACGGCGGAAGGACCCCCUCGACCGGCUCAGGUACUACACCGGCGGCUGGAACAUCAGCAACAGGCACUACCUCGCCUCAGCAGGUUUCAGCGCGGCGCCGGCGUUCGUGCUCGCCGCGCUCUGGUUCGUCUCCGUCGCGGCCGCGGCGCUCGUUGCCUGCUGCUGCCGUUGCUGCCGCGGCGUCGGCAGCAGCUACUCCUACUCGCGCCGGGUGUUCGCCAUCUCGCUCGUGCUCCUGAUCGUCUUCACAGCAGCAGCCGUCAUCGGGUGCGCCGUGCUGUACGACGGACAGCGCAAGUUCAACGGCAGCACGACGGCGACGCUGGACUACGUGGUGAGCCAGGCCGACGGCGCGGCGGCGACCAUGCGCGACUUCACCGGCCUCCUGGAGACGGCGAAGAGCGCGGGCGGCGGCGUGGCGUCGCUGCCGCCCGACCUCGCGCGGACCAUCGACGACGUCGCGCGGCGGGUGGACGCCGCCUCCGACGAGCUCGCCGCGCGCACGGCCAGCAACUCGCGCAGGAUCCGGACCGCGCUGGACACCAUAAAGAAGGUGCUGAUCGGUGUCGCCGCUGUGAUGCUGGUCCUCGUGUUCCUUGGCUUUGUGUUCUCGUUGACUGGGUUCAAGUCGCUUGUGUACACAGUGGUGUUUCUUGGAUGGAUCAUAAUUACAGCGACACUAAUACUGUCCGGCACUUUCCUUCUCCUGCACAACGUGAUAGGAGACACCUGCGCCGCCAUGGAGGAAUGGGUGGCCCAGCCGCAGGGCCGCACCGCCCUUGACGACAUCCUCCCCUGCGCCGACGCGGCGGUGACGGCAGAGGCCCUGCGCCGGAGCGAGGAGGUCAACUACCAGCUCGUCGCCAAGCUGAACGAGCUGGUCUCCAACGUGUCCAACCGCAACGUGCCUCCCCAGGCCGGCCCCCCGCUCUACUACAACCAGUCCGGCCCUCCCGUGCCGCUCCUCUGCAACCCCUACAACGCCGACCUCACCCGCCGCCCCUGCGCCGCCGGCGAAGUCACCGCCGACAACGCGCAACAGGUGUGGCAGCGGUUCGUGUGCCGGACGGCGGCGGCGCCGGGGUCGCGUUCGGAGGUGUGCGCGACGGCCGGGCGCCUCACGCCGCCGAUGUUGUCCCAGAUGCUCACCGUGGCCAGCGUCAGCGACGGGCUGCGCCGGCAGGCGCCCGGCCUACGCGACCUGGCGAGCUGCGCCACCGUGCGCCGCGCGUUCCAGACGAUCGGCGAGCGCGGCUGCCCCCCGAUGCGGCGGGACAGCAGCCGGGUGUACCAGGCGCUGCUCGCGGCGUCGGUGGCGGCCAUGCUCGCCGCGGUGGCGUGGCUGGCGCACUCCCGGGAGCGGCGGCGGCGGCGCGAGAGCGAGCGGUUCCGGGUGUCGCCAUACAGGCUGCCCAUCGAGGAGAAGGUGCUGCUCCACAGCCCGAGACGGCCGUACAGGCGAGUGUGACAGCUCGAUCAUCAGCUCCGGUAGAAACCCGGGGAAAAUCCGUGUUCGGAUUGGGCCUGAUUUUGAUGUAUCCAGCAGUUUUGGAACUACAAAUAUGUACGGUAAUCGAUCUACGUCCUUGUAAAGUGAAAUGCAAGUGGCUUGCUCUAUCA